AUGUCUGCAAACUUGGACAAAUCCCUGGACGAAAUCAUCGGUACCAACAAAAAGCCUAUCAGAAAGGUCAACAAGAAAGCUCCUAAGAAGGUUUCUAAACAGAUUGUGGGUGGAAACCGUCGUGGGGCAUCGGUGGCUGCUGUUAGACAAAGACCUGCUCCUGUGAAAGCUGCAAACGUUCUAGAGCAGGCUUACGGUACCAAAGUGAGCGUGGAAGGGUUGCCAAGAGACAUCAAGCAAGAUGCUGUCAGAGAAUUCUUUUCCUCUCAGGUUGGUGGUGUUGCGAGAAUCCUGUUGAGUUAUAACGAAAGAGGGUUGUCCACUGGUAUGGCAACCAUCACAUUCAAAAAUGUUGAGAAGGCUAGAGAAGCUGUCAAGAAAUUUCAUGGUGCUCCUAUCGAUGGAGGCAGAUCCAAGUUGAGACUAAGUUUGAUCGUUGACCCAAGUAAGAAACCACUAUCCUCUAGAAUCCAGUCCAUCGUGGAACGCAAGCCCGUGCCUGUGAAGGGUCCUAACAAGAAGGUGGCAGCUGUAAAGAAACAAAAGAGAGAUGAAAAGAAGAAGCCAAAGGCAAAGGCAGCAAAGCCCGAAAAGAAAAGUCUUGAGCAGCUAGAUCAAGAGAUGGCUGACUAUUUCGAAGAGAAGAAGGCUUAG